CUUCCUUCACUUUGCAGGGCCAAACCAACUAUCCCAACCCCCUCAACUCCUCCUUUUCAUUAAUUCUCUCUCUCUCUCUCUGCAUUUCGUCUUCUUUUUCUUCUUCUAGUCAUUAAUGGCGGUCACCGAAACGAAACAACAAACAGACAUCAUUUUCAGGUCGAGACUUCCCGAUAUCUAUAUCCCCAAACACCUUCCUCUCCACACCUACUGCUUCCAGAACAAGCAGUCUCCUGAGCACGUCUCUCGUCCUUGCCUCAUCAAUGGCGUCACGGGCCAAGUCUAUUCCUACGCCGAAGUCGAGCUCACCGCUCGCAAAGUCGCCGCCGGAUUAAACCGUCUCGGAGUCCGACAAGGCCACGUGAUCAUGGUUCUGCUCCCGAACUCGCCGGAAUUCGUCCUCACAUUCCUUGGCGCGUCGUUCCGCGGCGCGAUGACCACUGCGGCGAAUCCUUUCUUCACUCCCGCCGAGAUCUUGAAACAAGCCAAAGCUUCCAAGGCGAGGCUGAUUAUAACUCAAGCUGCUUAUUACGACAAAGUGAAGGAUUAUCUGGAAGUACAAAACGAUGCUAAAAUCGUCACCGUCGAUUCGCCUCCCGAAGGCUGCUUGCAUUUCUCGGAAUUAAGUCAGUCAGACGAAAACGACUUGCCGGAUGUGGAUAUUCAACCCGACGACGUCGUCGCGCUGCCGUACUCGUCCGGAACGACAGGAUUGCCGAAGGGAGUGAUGCUGACGCACAAGGGACUAGUUACCAGCGUGGCCCAACAAGUCGACGGAGAGAACCCGAACCUGUAUUACGAUAAAGACGAUGUCGUUUUGUGCGUUUUGCCUCUCUUCCAUAUUUAUUCGUUGAACUCUGUUUUGCUCUGCGCGCUACGAGCCGGAGCCGCCAUUUUGAUAAUGCCUAAAUUUGAGAUCGGCUUGCUCUUGAAGCUGAUCGAGAAACAUAGAGUGAGCGUGGCACCGAUUGUGCCGCCGAUUGUUUUGGCUAUUUCCAAGUAUCCUGAGCUUGAUAAAUACGACUUGUCGUCUUUGAGAGUUCUCAAGUCUGGUGGUGCUCCACUGGGUAAGGAGCUUGAAGACAGUGUCAGAUGCAAGUUUCCAAAUGUGACGCUGGGCCAGGGAUAUGGAAUGACAGAAGCAGGGCCGGUGUUGACAAUGUCAUUGGCAUUUGCAAAGAAACCAUUUGAAGUGAAAGCAGGAGGGUGUGGAACUGUUGUUAGAAAUGCAGAAUUAAAGAUCGUUGACCCUGAAUCUGGUUCUUCUUUACCAAGAAACCAGCCUGGAGAGAUUUGCAUUCGUGGUGACCAAAUCAUGAAAGGUUAUCUUAACGAUCCAGAGGCUACAAAGAGAACCAUAGACGAUGAAGGUUGGUUGCAUACCGGAGAUAUUGGAUUGGUCGAUGAUGAUGAUGAGCUCUUCAUUGUUGAUAGGUUAAAAGAACUCAUCAAAUACAAAGGGUUUCAGGUUGCCCCUGCUGAACUUGAAGCUCUUCUACUAACCCAUCCUUACAUCUCUGAUGCUGCAGUUGUUCCCAUGAAAGAUGAAGCAGCGGGGGAAAUUCCUGUUGCAUUUGUGGUCAGAUCAAAUGGCUCCAACAUCACCGAGGAUGAAAUCAAGCAAUUUGUUUCUAAAGAGGUUGUAUUUUAUAAAAGAAUAAAUCGGGUAUUUUUCAUCGAAGCCAUUCCAAAAUCGCCAUCUGGAAAAAUCUUGCGGAAGGAGUUGAGAGCAAAACUUGCUGCUGGAUUUCCAAAUUAGAUAUUGGGCUUGAAGUGAUUAACUACAUUACGGGGCCAUAUUUACUACAUAAUGUUUGGUUGUUGAACAAAAUAACAACAAUAUUGAAUUUCUCCAAUUCAUACCCAUUGCCAUAUAUAAUUAACUUGUGAACUUGAAAAUAUGUGUAAUUAUUAAUUAAUGCUAUAAAGACUUUGAAAUUGAUUGA